ACGACCAGGAGAUCCCGGAAGACCAGGAAGGCCUGGUGCACCAUCACGACCGCGGGAGCCAUCUAAUCCCGGAUAUCCUCUGUCUCCAGACUUGGAGUAACGGUUGAAUCCAGUUGAAUCUCUCUCCGCUCGCCACGACUACGUGAUGUAAAGUGAAAACACAUCGAAGCCCAACAGCUUGUCAAUUGUUUUUUGGCUUGGUAUUAUAUCAGGUUGCGCGUCAUAUCUGUACGCGAGGUGGCGCCACGUUCGAGGUCAGCACGAAGUCGACCGAAGUUAUUGUUCAAGUUUAUCAGAGUGACGUGAGCAGACGUGAGCGUCGUGAGCCCCCGCGCCGCAUACCAAGCGCGUUCGCCGCAAGAGGAGGAGGACGCGGACGCGCGACGGUCGACCCGCGCGCAAAGCGGCGAAAAGAGUCGCGAGGAAGAAACAAAAAUACGAAUUAAUUGGAUCACGGGACAAACUGGACGGACACGAGCGGCGAGAUGCGCAUCGUCGACGAGCAGGCGGGCAGAAGAGGCUUCCGCGUCCCCGCUGCCGUGACUCUGCGUGAGUGCAGCGUCGUCAUCGUCGGCAGCAAAUGCAGGAUAUGCGGCAGGGACUUCAAGUGCGAGAGUGACGUCGCUCUGCACACGCAAUGGCGGCACAACGCGGCCGCAGGAUACGGCUCGCUGAUGGACAUCCUGGACCACGGUCUGAACCUCGGGGAUCUCGGGGAUCAGAAGUGCGACGUGUGCGACAUGCCGUUCGGGACGAUCUCAGAUCUGAGGAUCCACAAGCGGCUAAUGCACAGGCAUCAGCAGCGGUCCAGGCAGAGGGGGAGACGAAGCCGGAGGGAGAUGGUGCGCGUGAAAUUCAAACUCAACGGCGUGACGACGACUGACGUGAGUCUCGAUCGGAGGUACAUGAUAAAUUUGCAGAACGGCAGUUCCGAGACAGAACAAUAUCUCGUCGACGUGUUUACGCAAACGCUCGAGCCCCAGGAAAGCGAGAGACAUCAAGAUGACCGCGCUACUGGGAGUAGUAUCGAUUUGUCUUUCCCGAACCAUGUUGCGAACAAGAGUCACAUGCAACACGGUGACGGUAUACGGCCCCACAAAGCCGGCCCUACGAAUCGAUACAUUGUAGGUAAAUUCACGUCCACGAAAGACGACGCGACAGCUUGUCGCACGGUCGUGGUGGGGAGAAGUCUCGUAAAGAUCACGAAUACGCCACACAAAGACGCAAUUGCCGGCAGCGACGGGUCGUGCGAAGGGUACAAAAGUCAUUGUUAUCUCACCUCUCAGGAAACCGAAGCGGAUGUUUUUAUCAAAGCUUUCGCUGAUAGCUUAGAUCGCGAUAAGAAAGAUGCUUCGAGGACGAACGAGCGAGACAAGAGAAGCGUAUAUUGCCAGAGCGAAAUUUCACUCAGCAACAACGAUACGAAAGUCUUUCUCGUCUGCCAGCCGGAGACGUCCGACGACACGUCGCUCGGGUCCAAACAAAAUUCUUGGCCCAGUGAAAGCCCUCGCUAUUCUAUCGGAUGGUCUGAUGAAGUAGCAGGGAUCCAAGAAACUGCCGGAUUGGCCAACUUCGUAAUAGAUUCUACGGAAACUAUUGUUAAUAAUCAUGAAGAGUAUCAUGACAUUGAUAGAGACGUGAAGCGUUUGCACCCUCCUCCGUUACGUCGAUUUAACGAAAAAAUCGAGUCGAUGAAUGUUAAUACGAGUAUUGACGACGACGUACAGGAAGUGCUGCGAAUAACGAGAGGAAAUGCGCAGUGCGACAUCAAUCACGAAUCGCCUAAUCGUAUGGAAAGAGAGAUAUUGGUACAAAACGCUGUAAGCGAUACGUUUACGUUACCUCCGCAGGUAGAGCAACAGCAGAUUGUCUGUCCAGAGAAAUGCAACGUCGCGUUUACAACGAACUAUGAACCGUCCGAUUAUCGGUCUUUCAUGACCGUGACUGAAAGCAAUUACGAGUUCCUGACAAAUUCCUUCGACAAAAAAUUGGGCAUUUAUUUGGAGGAUCUGCAUCAUUACGGCAUCAGACUCUACAACGAUUUGCCGGAAAUUAAUAACAACUUUGAAGAAUACGCGGUAUAUGGUCACCAAGAUUUCUUCGAAACGUGGAAGCAAUCGGGCGAGCCGCAGUACGGACUGAAAACGAACGACAACGAACCAGCUGUUGUAUUAGAUUGAAUGUACGUUAGCAAAAACGUAUUAAUGACUAGCGUUGGAGAUGCGACUCCAUAGAUAUUUUCAAGGCUAAUUAAUGAAUGUGCCAACAUAUCCUUUCAUUUUUAUUUUAUAUUAUUUUCAUUUUCUUCAAAUUUAGGAAUAAUAUUUAUACUAUGUGAUUAUUAGUAUAUGCAAUUUUUCUAUAUAUAAAUACUAGGUUAUUUAUUUAGGUUAUUUAUUUAAAGCAACAAAAGAAAAAUUUUUCGUUAUUGCUUUUCUUUUUUUUACUAUCAUUUCACUUUUGCGUUUUUCCUCCUUUAAACAAAUAAGCUGUACAAAGAUUAUGUGAUACUUCAACUGAAUUGAAUAACCUUGAUACGUAUGUCAAGUUUCAAUUCCAAGAAGAAAGAUUUUUGCGGCUUAUCAUGAUAAAAAAAUAAAUUUAAACAUUUUUAUGAAAACAUUUACAUCAUAAAUGACGAACAAAAAUAUAGAAAAGAUACUUAAAAAGUAUUCUUGAUACUUAAAUUUUUAAAUGUGAAUGGUUCACAAUUGUUAAUCUCGCUGAAUUAUCGGCUCUUGCUACAAGGGUAGCAGGUAUUGAUAGUUUUUAGAUUUUUUAAUUCCUAAAAUGCUAAUAAAAUUUAUAAAUGUUAUUAAUUAAAAACUUAAAAGCAAUAAAAGAGGAAACGAGUUAUUCUUAUUGUAAGUCUAAACAUUGUAUGUUAUUUGUUUUAAUUUUUAAAAUCAAAUGAUUAUUUUGUAAUCGCAAUAAUCGUCGGGUGACGCUAAAAUUGAACGAUUUUUAUUUUCCACAUUCUUAUGCGUAUAUUAUUAGUAUAAAUGUAGAUAUAAAUUUUUUUGUUCUUAUGUUUUAUUAAAAAAUUGGUAUUUUUUAUAAAAUGAGUCCAUAUAUAUAUAUAUAUAUAUCUGUAUAGAAAAAAAUUGUUUUUUCAAAAACUUAUCUGUUUACACGAUUUCUUUUCUGUUUUCAUCGUCUUCGUCGAUAUCGCGCACUAUGUAUGUCAAUCAAUUUUUCUAAGAAUAGUAAUUACUGCCAAAUGUCGUUUUCCCUAGCACUUAGAUAUGUGCAUAUCAGCGGCGCUCCUAUUUUUUUGAGAGGAAAAUACAACGUUACAGAAAAUUAAUAUUUUAGGAUUUUUAACAUUCUACAUGUUUGUAAUAAAUAUUUGUUAAAAACCAUCAA